AUGGCCCACAAGCUAGUUACCGACCGCGAGUUUAUCGGUACCGACAAGGACCAGUGGAUGUUCGUCUGGCAGUGCUUAGCGCCCAAGAUUCAGUCCCGCGUUACAGCCUUCUUCGAAGCAGGGCCGUCGUACCAGUACAACCCGUUACAAUUCUUGGCUUACCUCGAAUCCGUUUUCGCCGACCCUCAUCGGAUGGAGAUAGCGCAGACCGAGCUCGAACAACUAGAGCAAGCAAGCAAUAAGGCAUUUACCUUAUUCUACGUGCGCUUCGAACAAAAGCUGGCGUUGGCUAGGGGAAUAAAUUGGCCCGACGAAAUUAAACUCGUCAAGCUGCGUCGCGCGCUUAAUAAGACCAUGCGGGAUAGCAGUAUUGGGCGCAAUAUCCUACGAGACAGUUACGAGGCGGCCGUUAAUAUUUACCGUAGCAUUGCGGUAGAUAUUGAAUCGUACCGCUUGGAGGAGAAAUACCGGAACCGCUACGGCCGCGCAACAGCCCCGACAAAACCCAUAACGGACGAGGACGGUAACGCACGGAUGACGGGCAUCAAUGCAGCAACUGUAGGGCGCCGUCGCCCAGUAACCCAAGGAACAAGGACCAGCCCAGGGCAGUCGUCAAGCCAGCGUGCAACUUGGGUCCCCCGCAGUACAAUUAACGCGCGCAAGGAGGAGGGCGCUUGUUUACGCUGCGGAUCCAAGCAGCACUUUAUUAAAGACUGCAAAAUGCGGCCCGCAGCGCAACCGGUACAAAAUCUAUCCAUUUAUCGGGUAAAUACAGAGAGGGAGAACGCAUAG